AUGUCUUCCCCGUCGCCGGAAGAGAAGCAGACCCAGAAGGACAAGGUCCUCGCGCAAGCAACCGCCAAACUCCAACAGGCGCAAGAGGAGGCCGAGUCGGCGGAGCAGACUCGGAAACGCGCGGAAGGAAUCGAGGACCCUGAAGAGAAGAAGAAGAUCCUCGCGGAGGCGGCCGAGCAUGAGAAGAAGGCCAAGUCUCUGGCGAAACAGUCGCAGCGCCUGCAAAGCGGCGUCUGGCAGGGCGGGAUUGGCGGCGCGGGCAUCGGCGCGGGCGUCGGCACAGGUCUGGGUGCCGGCGUGGGGACGCUGGUAGGCACUCUUGUCGGCGGUGUUACGGCGAUCCCGACGACCGGACUCGGCCUUUUGGUGGGCGCUGGCACCGGCGCGAUACACGGGCCAUGGUACAAGUUGGAGCAAGAAAAGAAGGGUGAGGCGACUGAGGAGGAGGAGGGCUCCGAUGAUGAUGGGAAGGACGAAAAGGACGCCAAGUAA